AUGCAAGAACCCAACCCCAAAACAACCGGUGCCAGCAAGCCCCGGAGGCGCGAUACGGAUGAAAGUCGAGCCGAAAGGAAGAGGAUCCAGGAUCGUCUGGCGCAACGAGCGACAAGGGAGAGAACCAAGAAUCGUAUCGCCUACCUCGAGCAGCGCCUUAGCAGUUUGGAAGCUGGUGAUAAGCAAGGGGAAAUUGCCAGCCUGACUCGUAUCGUCGACGAUCUACGAACCGACAACAACCGUCUCCGUACUGCUUUGGUCAAGCUGCGCACCACCAUUGACCAGACUCUAUCUGCUACUGAGGGCCAGGCUGGCGCCCAACCUACCACUAAGCCAUGCGGUUGCAGCGAACUAUCCCACUGUGUCUGCACACAGACAGCAUAUGGCCCGUCAACUCCCACCGCAUUCCAGGAGCGGAUGUCGGCCAACCCAGGCAAUCAUCAUCGUCAUGCUUCAGACUCGACGGGUUCCACGGAGAUGGCGGCCAUCGACGGGCAGAGAUCGAGCCCCGGAGUUGGCUUUGACAUGCAAGCCUCAGAAGCGGUCAGUGGCCCCAUGGGUCUUGAAGAGUUGUUCGAUUUCAAUCCCGCAUCCCUUCUGGAGGCAUUUGAGAUGGGGGCGACAACCUAUCCCGGCUGGACCUCCAGGGCUCCAUCACCCUUCGACUACCGUUUCCUAUCAGCGGAUUCAGUGAUCAAAGUAGCCCCUGAUUCGGAAAAAUGGCACGUUUCGAAUGGGGCCUUCAUCAGUUGUCUUGACUCGGUGAAACAGCGGACCUCAUCUACUAGCACCCUCGACAUGCAUGUGCCUUUCAAAGCAGCCAUCUGGGGCUGGGACAAUGUUGGACCGGAGGCGCAACAUCCCAUAUGGAAAGCCCUGCGACAGGUUGACCAGCGCGUCUUCGGUACAUGGACGUCCAAAGCACAAAGGAUAGCCUUGAUGUACGUCUGUCAAACGCUGAUUCAGUUCCGAGAAAAUCCCUCCAAGGAGAACUUAGAUCGGGUCCCUGUCUUUCUACGACCAAGGCCGUCACAGGAGAACAUUCAGCACCCCGCAGUCAUUGACUUUCUGGUCUGGCCCGGCCUUCGCGACCGAUUGGUAUUCGAACAUAAAAAGUAUACCGCGACGGGAGACUUUUCCGCUGCUUUCGUUGAGAACUUCAAUUUCCAUUGGCCGUUCUCUGACCGCGACAUCUUUACAUACGAUCCGCGCCAAGGUCGGUACGAGGUAUCGAAGAUUUUUCUGGACUAUGCCUAUAACUUCAAAAAUUGGACCAUGAAGCCUGGCUUUUUCAAAAAGUUCCCGGAGAUGCAGCAUGACAUUGCCGCUAUGGCGGAUGAGUCGUUGGACUUCCCGCGAGCAAGCUGGACAUCGUGA